AUGGUAAUCAAUUUUUUAACUUGUCGUUUAUUAUCUAUUCUUAUUGGAAUUCUCUAUCCAUUGUAUCAAACAUAUAAAUCAAUAAAAUAUCAAUAUUGUGAUCAAUAUCAUUCUCUAUUAUGUUAUUGGAUGUUAUUUAGUUUAUUUCAAAUAUAUGAAUUGAUUUUCGAUCAAUUUAUUUCAUUAAUUUUACCAUUUUAUUAUGAAAUAAAAUUAAUUUUUAUUUUCUGGUUAACCUAUAAAAAUGUUUCACAAUUAUUAUUUCAUCAUUUUAUUUUAAUCUACUUGAAUAAAUAUGAAAAUGAUAUUGAUUAUUUAUUUAAUAAUACAAUAAAUCGUUUAACGGGAUUAUUUCUAAAAUGUAUUCUAUUCAUUAUUAAUCAGCAACGAACGAUGACAAAAGUCGAGCAAGUUGAAAACCAUGGUGAUCAUAUUCGAUUGAAGACAAAUUUUGCUUCGCAAUCUCGACGAUUAAAUUCUACUCAACGAAACUUCUAG